CAAAGAGAGCCACUCAAGUUGAGCCAUUCUCAGGCGCCAGUUCUUUGCACUGCACGCCAGCAAGACGACAGACUGCGGUUGUUAUUCAAAACAUUGCCUUUUGAUGAUUUUACCGCUGGACACUUGUAAGCCUGAUUUUUGGGUGUUUCGGCAGAAAGUAGCAAGAAGGGUUUUGGAGAGAUAACUUGAAGAACGGGCUCACCUGAGCACGCUGGUGGAUAUUCGUUUUGACAUCACAAAACCUAGUUAUUAUCAUCACUCCACCCGCCAGCUGAGCAGAUCAAGAGCAAGCUUCUAUUUCAAUGCUGUUCCACUGAACCAUUGGGACAGAGAAGCAUUACAGACGAGGCAUUGUGUCCGUAGCCGAAAAUAUCAAAGACCUCGUUGGGCUCCAAUCUGCUGUUGAGAAUUCGAAAAGUGACCUCAACCUGAACACCACUCAGGAACGUAAAGUGUCUGGUGCGUAGGACUGCCAUCAGGCUGCCAUGGUGCGUGAGGGAGGUGUGGCGGUGGAUCCAUCCUACUGGGGCCUGUGGGCUUUUGCCACUUUGAUGCUAGUGGCACUGUGCAUGUCCGAGCAGGCCAUCCGCUGCCCAGUGUGUUCCGAGGAGAGGCUAGCCAGCUGUCAACUGCCGGAAAACUGUGACGAGACGGUGCGCGAGCCUGGCUGCGGCUGCUGCCCCACGUGUGCCCUGCCGAAAGGGGCACACUGUGGUGUCUACUCGCCGCGAUGUGGUACUGGGCUGCGCUGCUACCCGCCACAGGGUAUCGAGCGACCACUACACUCGCUCAUGCACGGCCAGGGCAUGUGCACCGAUGAGAGGGAGGUGGAGGACAACUCAGUGAUGGAACGGCAGGAUGAAAUCAUCCUGGAGCACCCAAACAACAGCAAUAUCCGUUGCAGUCCACAAGACAAACGCUGUAUACAGAAGACCCUGGCCCGACACCCACCAAAAUCCACAAAUCAGAGAAGCAACACGGCGAGGGAGGAAGCCAAGGCAGCGCUGGCUCCAUGUCGUGCUGAGCUCCAGAGAGCACUGGACAGAUUGGCAUCCAAUUCCCGCACCCAUGAUGAUCUCUUCACAAUUCCCAUUCCAAACUGUGACAAGAAUGGAGAUUUCCACGCCAAACAGUGCCAUCCAGCACGUGACGGUCUGCGAGGAAAGUGCUGGUGCGUGGAUCACAAGACUGGCGUGAGACUGCCGGGCCCGCUCGAGUUGCGAGGGGACCUGGACUGCCACCAGUCACCGACUGCUACUCUGAGGGAUUGAAAAGCAAAGGAUUCAAUGAGAGUUACCGAGCAACUUAGUUCAACUGGUGCUUAAGAGCUGAUCUACGAAAGAAGAUUCCCCACAGUCUCACUUCAUUUGAGACCUACGGUACAUGAGCUCAUGCAACAAAAGGAGUUUGAAAUUGAAAUGAGUUCUUUGAUGUCUGAGCUUUGUUUCUGGAUGUAUGCGAGUCUUCUGGGCGCUUGUCAUGUAUUGUUUUGACAAUGUGAAAGUACAACAUGUCGUCAAUUGAUACUGUAUGUGGUAAAACAUGUGGCAGUAAAAAAACAAAAAACAAAAAAGCACACACGGGAAAUGUUUCAUUUUCUCAAGUGUUCAAGAGAUUAAGAUCCGGAAGGCAACCAUGUUAUACAUGUCCAGCUCAUUCAUCCAGUUAACAGCAGAAGAUAGUUAGUGCAAAAUGAGAAAGGCCAUGCUCUUCUUCCUUGAACAACCCAAUGAUUCAAUUUUUACAGCCACGCAAAUGUGCAGAGUAAGAACACUUUGAAAAAGCAUACCACUAAACUUUUGCUACAAUGUGUGAGAGCACAGAAGAGAUUGUUUUCUCUGUUUUACCGCUGCACUCUACCCACUUUUUUGCCAACGACUUGUCUAUAGCGCACUGGUCACAAGGUUAUGGAAUAUUGGGCUGAAAGAAGUGAAAAAAUAAAAU